CCGAGGUAUAUCAUACCAAUUUUGCUUCAGUACCUCAUUGGUAUUCUUUCCAUCAAUAUAUCUUCUUUUGAAACGGAAUGCGAACUGAGGGUCUCCAACAACCUCGCGAUGUAUCAGACACCAUCCUCACCCGCGAGCUCUCCUUCGAAGAGAUUCAAGAACUACCUCCUGAUGGCGGUUACGGCUGGGUCUGCGUAGCGUGCUGCUUCACAAUCAAUGCCUUUACCUGGGGCGUUCUCUCAUCCUACGGCGUAUACUUGGCCUACUACCUCCAAAACAACAUCUUCCCCGACGGCACCUCCUUCGAUUUCGCGCUCAUAGGCGGUCUCAACUUCUCCAUGGCCAUGAUCGUUUCCCCCCUCGCCACAGCCCUAACCCGCCGCUAUGGAGUCCACCUCCCCAUGGCCCUCGGCAUCCUCUGCCAAACCUCCGGCUUCAUCUCCGCCUCCUUCGCCCGCCUGAUCUGGCAGCUGUACCUCUCCCAAGGAGUUCUUGUCGGUUUUGGCAUCGGUUUGACCUGGAUCCCUAGUAUCGCUGUGCUGCCGCAGUGGUUCCAGAAACGACGGAGUAUGGCGAAUGGAAUUUGCUCUGCUGGGUCCGGGAUUGGGGGGCUGAUGUUCUCGUUUGCUGUGAGGGCUAUUUUGAGCAACGUGUCUCUUGCUUGGGCUCUCCGAAUCUGUGGGUUGGUGAGCGGGUUCAUGAAUAUUCUGGCUACUUUUGCGAUUCGAAGCCGCAACCACAUCGUGCAGCCGAGGCUUCAUCCGUUCGAUGUUCGUCUCUUUCGACGGUAUGAAGUCCUUUUAGCGUUGGCUUGGGGCUUUGUGAGUAUGUUCGGGUACGUGAUAUUACUGUUCUCGCUCUCGGAUUUUGCUAGGAGUAUUGGGUUGGGGAGUGGACAAGCAGCUGCUAUCACUGCGUUGCUGAAUCUGGGAACGGCGAUAGGGAGACCGGUGGUAGGGGUUAUGAGUGACAAAUUUGGGAGGAUUGAGACGGCGGGCUCCGUGACGUUCUUAUGUUUUGUGAGCGUGUUUGCGAUUUGGGUGCCGGCAACUUCGUACGGUGCUACGAUUUGCUUUGCUAUUAUUAAUGGUGGAAUCUUAGGAGUGUUCUGGAUGACUAUAGCGCCCGUCAGCGCUGAAGUGGUGGGGCUGAAGGAACUCCCGUCGAUGCUGUCCCUUGCUUGGAUGAUGGUAGUUUUGCCUUGCACGUUCUCUGAAGUUAUAGCUCUGAAGCUGAGAAGAGUGAACGCAUCGCGGGAGUUCCUCUAUGCUCAAAUCUUUUGUGGUUUAGCGUACCUAGUAGCCAGCUUCUUUGCUUUUGAGCUGUGGAGAGUGCAUCGAAAGAAGACCCAUGCAAGGUUACUUGAUCGGCGAGGAGAUUAAAGAAAAGGAAGAAGUAUCUCUGCGAAUGAACUUCUUUGAAUGAUAUUGCUGAAGGGAUUGUGUUGCAACAAAACCUCCUGAAAGCCGAUAAUGUAUAUUAUGUAGUGAAUUGUUUGUAUUGGAUAAGAAGCAAAUCAAACUUCGUUUUGGUCAUUUUACCAAAAAUAACGAUGUUGGG